UUCAAAUCUCUCUCUCUCCUCUCUCGUUCUCUCUCUCUCUCUGAGCAGUACUGUCUGAGCCCUCAAUUGGUUUUCCAUGGAUCAUUGUCAUCGCCAGAUUUAGCAGUGUUCCCAGGCUCUCUCUGGCAUCCAUUGUGAAAGAGAGAUGCUUCUGAGAUCGAUCUAUGGAUUGGGAGGCUAACCUUCCGGCCCCACCUGCUCCACCGCCAUCAUCAUCCACCAAGAACAGCCUCGUCCGUCCAAUCAACAACCCCGACUUCAACCUCUCCCGUUCUUUCACCUCUACGACGUCUUCUUCCUCCUCGUCUUCAUCCCCGGGCUUCGCCCGGAAUGUUCAGGCUGCCUUCAAGCGCCACCGUCCUCUCGGUACAACGCAUUUGAAUAACAUAAGACCAAGGCGCAUGUUGGUUCCUCAAAGAGAAACAUCGAAAGACUCAUCUAGAAAUCUGGGUUCUAUGGAGUUCUCUAGGAAGAACCAAGAUGAGAUUUUGGAAAGUCGAGGUCUUGCAGUUGCAGAGUGCGGGGGAAAUAUAGUAAAUACCGUUCUUGUUGUAGACCAAAAUCAUAUAGAUGCUUCAAUCACACCGCCUUUCAUGUCUGGCACCAUUACAAAUACAUAUGAAGAGAGCAUUAAACCUUUUGAUUUUCAGAGAGAUCAACCCAGAUUCAGUGCUGACCAUAAAACCAAUGAUGUAAAGUCUCAACAUCUUCCUAUGGUUGACACUCAAAAGAAGGUGAAGUUUUCGUUGACAACCAAUGCGGGAUCUCAGGGGGCCGAAGACAGAAUGGCCACUGGAACAGACAACUUACCAUCUCAUAUGGGUUCACUUGCAUUGACAGAAAUGGACCAGCAUGCUAGUAAUCAACCAGAGGCUAUGGCUGCUAUCAGUCAUGAGUUGGACCAUCAAAAUUCUCACAACAUAGAAGCAGAUAUUAGUUUGAGGUCUGAUGGAGCAAAAUUUUCUUUGUUCACAAAGAAAAUGAUGGAACUUCAGGAUCAUCAAUGCAGAAACUCUUUACCUGGUGACAUGAGCCACCCCAUGACUCAAUCUUCAGUUGUUGGGUCCUCUUGCACUACAACAACGUUCGUCAAUUCAGCUUCUGCUCCCUUGGUUAAUUCAAUGACACAUGGUUCACAACUGCUUCAAAGUAGACAAUCUAAUGUGCCUGUAGAAUCUAUAGGAGAUUGCAAUGUGAGUUCUCAACUUGUGUCACUUGGAAAUCUGGUUCAACAACCUUCCAUUCCUUCAUCUAAGUGCUCCAGCAAAAUCUCAGCUGAUCGGACAGCUGCUGAAGCCCUCAUGGAAAUUAAAGAGUAUGACCUGGCCAGGGAGCCACAAGACAGUGGGCCAGUGAAGGGUAACUUCCAAAAAGAUCCUUCCCGUAUAGAUGAAAAAUCAAACAAAGGGAAAGCUCUUACAAGUGAUGUUUCUGACUUGCAAUGUCAACCAUCAUUGUCCAAAAACCAGUCCUCAGAUGUGAAGCCUUCUAAAUCGGAUAAACAAGAAAAAAGUGAAAGUGGUAAAACAGCACCACGAAAAAGAAAUUAUGAUCCUGACUUAUUUUUUAAAGUAAAUGGGAAGCUCUAUCAAAGGCUUGGGAAGAUAGGUACUGGUGGAAGUAGUGAGGUUCAUAAAGUCAUUUCAUCGGAUUGCAAAAUCUAUGCUUUGAAGAAAAUCAAGCUUAAAGGCCGUGAUUAUGCUACUGCUUAUGGAUUUUGUCAGGAGAUUCUGUACCUAAACAAGCUGAAGGGAAAGAACAACAUCAUACAACUUAUUGACUAUGAGGUGACAGAUAAGACUUUACUCCAGGAAGUUAUGAAUGGUUCCAUGAGUAACAAGGAUGGUAGAGUCAAGGAAGAUGGGUGCAUAUACAUGUUGCUUGAAUAUGGUGAAAUUGAUUUGGCUCACAUGCUGUCCCAGAAAUGGAAGGAAAUGGACAGCACUAAUUCAACCAUAAAUGAGAACUGGCUUCGUUUUUAUUGGCAGCAAAUACUAUUAGCUGUCAACACCAUACAUGAGGAACGAAUAGUGCAUUCGGAUUUAAAGCCGGCUAAUUUUCUUCUUGUCAGGGGUUCACUGAAACUGAUAGACUUCGGCAUUGCAAAAGCCAUAAUGAGUGAUACAACUAACAUUCAAAGGGAUUCACAGGUGGGUACAUUGAGUUACAUGUCUCCUGAAGCAUUCAUGUGCAACGAAACAGAUGCCAAUGGAAAAAUCAUAAAAUGUGGCCGCCCAUCAGAUAUCUGGUCCCUUGGUUGCAUCCUUUACCAAAUGGUGUAUGGAAGAACGCCCUUCUCAGAGUACAAGACUUUCUGGGCCAAGUUCAAAGUCAUUACUGACCCAAACCAUGAAAUCACCUAUGAACCGCUUGCCAAUCCAUGGCUUAUCGAUCUCAUGAAGAAGUGCCUUGCAUGGGAAAGGAAUGAGAGGUGGAGGAUUCCUCAGCUACUUCAACACCCUUUUCUGGUUCCCCCAAUCCAACCACAAUUGCCUUGUUUUUCUCGAGACAAAAGCCUUCAACUGCUUCAGUUGAUUGCUGAAUCUUGCGCAAAUAACCAGAGAGCUUUGUCGCUGUGCGAUCAGCUUCAGGAACUAUUGGAGAAUCCCAGACCAGAAACGGUGUCUCAGGUAUCUAUUUCACAAGAUGAAACAAUGUAACAUGAUCUGUAAUAUCCCAAGUACUUAGCUUUCAACUCGGAGAACAGUUUGCAGACCAAGCAAAAUAGUGGGAAAAUGUCCACCUUUCACGAGGAGGAUUUGGUGCCAGGCAGCAUUUUUUGUUCGCUCGAUCACCUUCUUACUCUUUUAUGGUGUUUUUUCCGACUGGCUUUCCCCAUUUCUCUCGGUGUAGAAAUUGUCUCCUGCUGCUUGUGCAUGCUAGGUUUAGUUUCUUGGUUUUUUCUCCCUAUGUUGCAUCUGAUUCCUGUAAAUUUUGGAAUUGCAUUGAUUGUGUGGUCCAUAUAACCAUGUAAAAUUCACCGCGUUGUACUCCCAACCUGAACAAUUUUGCACCAAAAUUAUGCAUUGGUUUUCUUAUUGAUUGGCA